UGUUAAACUACCCAUCAUACAUGACUUAAUUGAUUGCUGUAAGCUUGAUUAGAAUUUAUCAGAAAUUAGAAGCUACAAAAUUUUACAAGAGUUUUUUGAAAAGUGCAUACUAAUAAUGUCCGAAAUCAAAGAUGCGCCUGCACCAUCUUCAGUGUUAAGACCAAGCAUGUUACGUCCGUCUAAGUUUGCAUCAAAUACAAGUGAAAGUGGUGAAGCAAGUUCUAAUUCUGGAAAAGAAAAAACCGACCAAAAAUCGAAUCCAUUUUUGAAAGAAUAUCAACUUGAGGACGAAAACGAGAAUGAUAAUAAUGCUACAACUUCUGAUAGUAAUAAAGACAACGUUGAGAAAACAUCAGAUCCUUUGAAAUUACUUUCGAAGCCAAAUUUUUCAAAAAUGAAAUUGUUUACAAAUAAUUCAAUGCAAAAUCAAGAUGCUGGUUUUGUUUUUGGGCAAAAUUUACAUGAACGUGUUGUAGGGGAUAAUAUAAAAACACAAAAAGAAGACAGUGUUGUUUCUGAUCCAACUAACAGCAAUGAUUCAUCCCUUUUGUUUACUAACGCAAUCCAGAAUGCGUCAAAUAAUGAAAACGGUAAAGAAAAGCCAAUUGAAACAAAAAGUUUAACGGAAAUUGCCAGAGAGUAUGAAGAAAGUCGAGCUCAGAAAAGGAAAUAUGAAGAAGUGAAGACAAUUACCGGUGAAGAAGAUGAGGAUAACGUAUCUGAGAUUGAUUGUAAAUUGUUCGCAUUUGAAAACGGAAAUUAUGAAGAACGAAGUCGUGGUAUAUUGCGUUUAAAUGAUUCUAGAGAAAAAGAAAACGUACAUCGAGUAGUAUUUCGUACUUUCGGUACUUUAAGGUUGCUUGUCAACACAAAGGUUUGGUCAGACAUGAUAGUAGAAAGUCCUAGUCCGAAAUCUUUAAGAUUCACAGCAAUGGAUAAUAAUGGUCAAAUCAAGAUAUUUUUAGCAAUGUCUCGCCCAGAUUAUAUAACCACAAUAUUUAACGCCCUUAAAAGUAGAGUUUCAAAAUUAAAAAGUAUAAAACCUGAAGCAACUGAUAGUGAUAGUUCGAUUGAAGUCAAUAAAGAGGAAUCUAAAAUAAAAGCUGAUAAAGCGGAAUCUAAAGAUAAAACAGAACCCAAUGAACCCAACACAGAGUCUAAUGGCGACAAAAUGUUAGCAAAAACUGGUGUUAAAGAUAAAGUUGAAGAAUCAGAAAAUGGUGAUAAUGAUGAUUGUGCUGAACCCCAUAAAAAAAAAUUAAAUAUUGAAGAAAGUAACAAAUAAAAUUAAUUCAGAAAUUUUGUUUUUUUGAAUCUUCAAUAUCUUUGUCUUAUUACAAUUUAUUACUUUUAAUUAAAAAGAAGAAAAGUGAAGUACAUAUUAUAAUAUUGAAAAUUCAUUAAACAGAGAACCAAUGUA